AUGAAAAAAAAUUAUUUUGAAGAAAGUGUAAAAUUGCACAGAGAACAUAAAGGAAAAUUAAAAAUAGCUUCAAAAGUGACAUUGGAGAGUUUGGACGAUUUAUCUACCGUGUAUUCACCGGGAGUGGCACAGCCUUGUUUGGAAAUUCACAAAAACCCCGAAAUGGUAAAAGAAUUGACCAUCAAAAACAAUACGGUAGCCGUAGUAACCGAUGGCAGUGCGGUUUUAGGAUUGGGAAAUAUUGGCGCGGAAGCAUCGAUACCUGUAAUGGAAGGAAAAGCAAUACUCUUCAAGGAAUUUGCCGAUAUUGACGCAUUUCCUAUUUGCCUCAAAACACAAGAAGUAAAUGAAAUUAUUUUUAUCGUAAAAAAUCUUGCACCCGUUUUUGGUGGCAUUAAUUUGGAAGAUAUUGCGGCACCUAAAUGCUUUGAAAUAGAAGAAAAAUUGCAGGAUAUAGGCAUUCCUGUUUUUCAUGAUGACCAGCACGGGACGGCUAUUGUACUUUUAGCGGCCUUGCUCAAUGCGUGUAAAGUUGUCAAUAAAAAUAUCAAAGACCUCAAAGUAGUCAUUAAUGGUGCUGGAGCGGCAGGUGUAGCUAUUAUGAAAUUGCUCAAAUGCAUCAAUUUUGAUAACAGUAUAUGUAUUUCGGUGAAAGAAAUAUUGAUGUGCGAUACACAAGGUAUUAUCUGUAAAACUCGAAAAGAUUUGAAUGAUAGCAAAUUGGAAAUUCUCAAAUAUUGCAAUGCACGCCACGAAGAAGGAACGGUAAAAGAUGCCAUUAAAGGUGCGGAUGUAUUUAUAGGCGUAAGCAAAGGCAAUUUGCUUACGAGCGAGGAUAUCGCUACUAUGAAUAAAGAUGCAAUCGUAUUUGCGAUGGCAAAUCCUAUCCCUGAAAUUAUGCCUGAAGAAGCUUAUAAAGGUGGCGCAGCCAUUGUAGGAACGGGAAGAAGCGAUUUGCCCAAUCAAGUGAAUAAUGUAUUGGCAUUUCCUGGAAUUUUUAGAGGUGCAUUGGAUGCCAAAGCCACUCAAAUUACAUCCAAAAUGAAGUUAGCCGCUGCUCAUGCACUCGCAAAUUGCGUACCCAAUCCCUCUUCCGAACAUUUACUACCCAAUGCACUAGACAAAUCCGUAGCCAAAAUUGUGGCCGAAGCGGUGAAAAAUGCGUGGUAA